CCGACGAAGCCUCCCGCCACAAGCAGGUUCGUUCGUACAGAAACCUCAGCUCUCGCUAGCAGAAGCAGCGGCAGCAAUGGAGUCCGCCAAGCUCACCGCGCUGCUGGUCCUCGCCGUGCUCGCCCUCUCCUCCUCCCCGCUCGCCCUCGCGUGGGAGAAAGCGGAGACGAAGUGCGGCUCGUGCCAGAAAGGCUCGCCACCCGCCGGCGGCCUCCCUGUCCCCAUUCCGUCAGUUCCCAUUCCGUCAGUCCCCCUGCCGUCGGUCCCCCUGCCGCCAGUCGCCAUUCCGUCGGUCCCCCUGCCGCCAGUCGCCAUCCCGACGGUCCCCAUUCCGUCGGUCCCCCUGCCGUCAGUCCCCCUCCCGCCGUUGACGCCCGGAGGCCGGAAGGGGUGCCCGCCGCCCCCGACACCACCGACCCCGACGCCGGCGCCGUCGUCGGACAAGUGCCCCAUCGACGCGCUGAAGCUCGGCGCGUGCGUGGACAUCCUCGGGAACGAGGUGCACGUCGGCGACGCCAACGUCAAGUGCUGCCCGCUCGUGAAGGGCGUCGCCGGCCUCUCCGCGGCCGCGUGCCUGUGCACCGCCCUCAAGGCCAAGGUGCUGGACCUCUCCGUCUACGUGCCCAUCGCGCUCGAGGUGCUCCUCAACUGCGGCUGCGCCGUCCCGCCCGGCUACAAAUGCGCUUAAAUUAAACCAUCCCAUCCCAAUAUAUCCCAUGCACGCGUGCACAGCAAAAGGUCUCCAUUUUCCCCCCUCGAGCACAAAGUUUGAAAGGCUCCUCCACGGAUUUGGGUGAUGAAAGCCACUCGCUUCCGGGCUGCUCAGCAAGCGCAUUCCUUAUUUGAUUCGAUUUGCUAUUAUUGUUGCAUGUUUGUAUAUGCGUCUACUGUCACCUCACGUCAUUUGUACUUUGUGUAUCUUGUAACAAACUAUUUUUGUUCCGAAUUCAAUUCAUGUUUGCACUGCUUC